AUGGCAGCUGCUCCUGAUGCACCUUGCCUGUCGGAGCUCGGCGGACUCCUCAACAGGAACAUUAGUCUCAUCUCCGGCACCCAACCCUGCAACCGGAGCACCGUCAGGACCUCACCUUACACCCCGCAAGCCACGGCAGCCUUCGCCAUCGCCAUCACCUUCAUGAUGAUCCUGACCAUCGUUGGGAACAUCCUGGUCAUCAUCGCCGUACUGACGUCCCGAUCCCUCAAGGGGGCUCAGAACCUCUUCCUGGUGUCGUUGGCUGCAGCAGAUAUUUUAGUGGCCACGCUUAUCAUUCCCUUCUCGUUGGCUAAUGAGCUGCAGGGCUACUGGGCGUUUAGUUCCAUUUGGUGUGAAAUCUACCUGGCGCUGGAUGUUCUCUUCUGUACCUCCUCCAUUGUGCAUCUGUGCGCAAUAGCACUGGACCGCUACCUGUCCAUCUCUCGGCCCGUGUCCUAUGGCGCCAAACGUACUCCCAUCCGCAUCAAGGCGGCCAUUAUCGUAGUCUGGCUGAUCUCUGCAGUCAUUUCUUUCCCUCCUCUUCUCACCCUGGAUAAGAGCGAAGGAGGUGAAGAGGUGUGUGAACUAAACAGCGAGCGCUGGUAUAUUCUCUACUCCACCAUUGGCUCAUUCUUCGCCCCCUGUGUGAUAAUGAUUCUGGUGUAUGUGAGGAUUUAUCAGAUUGCUAAGAAGCAUACACGCUGCCCGCCCGGACAGAAGCAUAAAGCAGAACAAGGAGGAAAUGCCAGCAUGGCGACCGGUGAGCCUCCGAGGAAAUUAUCUGAGCAGUUACAACAGAAUGGGGAUCAUGGAAGUACGACUGCCAGCCAAGGAGAAAAAGUCCCGACCAAAAUGUCUGGCACUGAUUCCACCUCGUCAUCACUUCGAAAACCACCUGAGAAUACCACCAGCCAGGACACUCAGCACUACCCUCCUAAUUCGAGUACCACUCCAGUCCAAAAAUCCACCUCCUCCCCCUCAAUCCCCCCAAAUGACAGCCAAAUCCUCUCAGCUGUUCCCCACAAAGAGUCCCAGGCAAAUCCUGACGAAGGGGGGGAAGCAUUUCCCGACAACACCUCCAGCUCAGGCUCUGACGCCGAGCUGGAAAUGGGCGAGGAAGAUGUUCUUGCAGAGGACGGCAAAGAAGAGACGAACAAGACUGAUGAGCAAACUUUGGGAUUGCCCCAGAGCAAAGGGUUCAGAGUUCAGGUUCUAAACUUGGCCUCCAGAUACAAAAACACUAUGGCCACAUCAUCUGGCACCCAGCUGGUACCAGAGGAAACACAUAAGAAUCAGGGGACCCCCAUAUCCCGCCGCAAAGCCAUGGUGAACAGGGAGAAGAGGUUCACCUUCGUCUUGGCUGUGGUGAUGGGAGUGUUUGUGAUCUGCUGGUUUCCCUUCUUCUUGUCUUACUCUCUUAAGGCAGUGUGCCCUGAGACUUGUGCAAUCCCCGACCCUUUGUUUAAAUUCUUCUUUUGGAUUGGCUACUGCAAUUCUUGCCUCAACCCAGUCAUAUACACCAUCUUCAACAAUGAUUUCAGGAAGGCUUUCAAGAGGAUACUGUGCAGGGACACAAAGGGUACGUUCUUCUAG